AGAAAGAGAGAGAGAGAGAGAGAGGGAGAGAAAGGGGGAGUCGGAACAAUCAACCACAUAAUACAAACAGCACAGGCCAAAGCCUCAAGCCCACACAGGCAGUCAGGCCUCUGUAGAAAGAAACAAUGGACCAUACUGGUCGGCAUGCAUUUUCGGCAGUUCCAAGUGGUAGCACAGAUCCAAAUGGCCCUUCUAGUGGGAUGAAACAAAGUAAUGGACCAAUGCAGCUGUUCCAGACAAUGAUUUCACAGGAUUCAAAACCAGGGCACGGGCUAAGUCAGUACAACACAUAUCUUCACAGAUCAAUGUUCAACUAUCUAGCAGCCAGAAAUACAGAGAGUAGCAGUGGUAUUCCCAGGAAUUGUGGAGAUUCCAAUAAAAGGUCUCAGGACAUUGUUUCAAAAAACACUCACUAUAACAACAGACCACUUAGUGGAUCUGUUGACUGUAAAUUCUCAUACUUUCUGCUGCCCAGCAGUGGGGAAAGUGGCUCAAACGCUGGACAAGUUAAAAAGAAAAAAAAUACUGCUGAAGGUUUCAUUUUCACCAAAGCUUUUCAGCCUCCAAGGGCAUUAGGUACUCCAGUCACAUCUGGUGUUUCUGGAAGUAAUUGUUUUAAAGGCAGAUUAGGACAUGGGCAGAAAAGUAAAUACUCGAAUAAUGUACAGGCAAGCAAUUUAUUUACUGAUUAUGUGCCUCCAAUGGAAUAUUUCACUGAAUAUUCUAUGGAAAAAGUGAUGCCUAAAAGAGAGCCAGUUAAAAGUCUUAACUUAAAGGGCACAGACAACCAAGAGUACCUCAGCAAACAAAGUGUGUGGACCAAAGAAAAAACUGUCUUGAAGGCUACAAGCGCUGUAGCGGAGACAGUACCCAAAGAAGAGAAAAAGGUGGAAAGAUGCAAAAGAAGAACGAUCAUGCGUCCGCGAAAGAGAACAUUUGACUUUAGUUGCAAAGAUACAGAGACACAAGAGUUCAGCAGCAAACUGUUAGAUACCUGUAGAAAGGAAACAUCUGACAACUUAUCCUCUUUUCCCUCAGCAGCCUCACAGGUGCAUCCAGGGGAAAGAGAGUCUAAUAAUAUCAAAAGAAGAACUCAAAUGCCACCAAGGAAACUGACGUUUGACUCCAUCCAGCGAGAUUUAAAUGGAAUGGAAAGUCAUCUCAAUAUUUCUCAAAGCAGAAAAAAUCCAGCUGAUUCAGAAGUCAGCACGUCAACAACCAAAGUAGGUUAUCAAGGUCAUCGUGUACUGGAGGGCUUAAAGAGAAGAACCUUGAUGCCUCCAAGGAAACUGAUCAUUAAUUCCACCACUGAUGAAAGUAACCACACUGAAGCUCUGAAUGACCUGAAAACAGAACUUUCUGGUGACCCACAAAUACUAAAGUCAGUACCUGGAUCUAUAUCUCAAGGAAAACCGGAACCUGAGAGCUGUGAAAGAACUCUGAUGCCACCAAGAAAGCUUGACGAGUUUAUCUGUAGCCAUGCUACUGUAACUCAGACCAAUGAUGUGGCAAAUGAGGCAGAGUCUCAAGGGGCAAAACAAGCUUUCAGUUCCAGAACAGUGACGGCAACAAUGCAAUCAGCUGACCCAAACUUGAAGGGCACAGACAAUAUGAAUUAUAACAGUAUGCAAACAUCUGCAGUGCAAAUAGAAAGAACAGCUGACCUGCAAGAUGUAAAAGUAGAAACUGACCCAAUUUCUGUAGGAGAUCAAGAGUACAGUAGCUCUAAGCGAAGAACUGUUAUGCCUCCAAGGAAACUACCCAUCUUGCAAUGUAAUGACUUGAAGAUGGAAGGCUCUAAGGGUCAAGAAACAUGUUCUGAUGAUAACAGUAUGCACAAAAUGCCUGACAGUGACAACUCUGAGAGCUCCAGUGAUGCUAUGGACAGUUCAGAUCAAGAAGAUUGUUCUCAGGGGACUGGCAAUGAUCCAGAAGAUGAUGAUGAUGAUGAUGGUGAUGAUGAUGAUGAUGAUGAUGAAGAUGAGGAUGAUGAUAAAGACCAUUCAUCUCAGGACAGAUCAGAAAGUGGUGAGAUGGUACAAGAUGAAGAUUAUCUUUUGAUUGAUGACAAAGGAAUCCCUUAUACUAUUUCCAAAACAGAGUUAGUGAAGAGCACAAAAAAAGAAGGUAAACGAGAUCCAAGGUGGUUUGGUAGUAUGGAAAAGCCACUGGAUCCCAGAAAGAUCCACUACUGUACAGUGUGUUAUCGAAUGUUUCUGUACCUUUCAGACUUGGAGAGACAUAGCAUCACACAUUCGGAACAAAAGCCUUUCCAGUGUAAGGACUGUGGUAAGUCAUUUAAGCGCUCAUCCCACCUGGUACGGCACAAGCACAUCCACACAGGUGAAAAGCCUUUCCUGUGUGCCAUUUGCCAAAAAGGCUUUCGAGAAUCUGGUGAGCUUCUGCGGCAUCAGCGGGUCCACACAGGUGAAAAACCGUACCAGUGUGAACUGUGCCACAUGCGUUUCACAGAGAGGAAUACACUGCGCCGACACAUCAACAGAAAACAUGUUAAAGAAAGGCUUUAUCAACAAAACACAGACUGUGCCUGGGACAAUCCUUGUAGUGAAGUGCCAGAUGUAAACAGUGAAUAGAAGGAAUGGGAGAAGAAAAGACAAAACAAGUUCUUGUAUAUUCAUAGGCAUUGUCUGUCAGCCUUGUACCAGAUUCAGGAGUUCUGUUUGCAGUUGUUCAUCUUAUGGGAGUAUAAAUUUAGUUGUCUUGCUUACCAGUUUGCAAGGACUAGGAGGGUAAAGGCAACCAGUGAAAAAGUAAACUCCUAAACCAGUGCUGCUUCUGAUAAUGUGCUUUAUCUUAUCUGGGUCGUCAUUCAGAUUACAGUUACAAUAUCCAAGUCACCCCCCAGUUCAGCUCCUGUAGUUCUAAAGGCUAGACUGCAUCACAUGCUUAAAAAUGCCAUACAAAAGUAGCAGAAGGCUGGGUGUACGGUUAGAAUAAAGGUCAACAGACAGUUGGAACAUGGACAGUGAUAACACAGGUAGAAUACUUGGAUUGUCAUUAGGAUAUGGCAAUAUUUGGAAUGAACUCCAUCAGAAGCCUACAUUUCUGAAGACUUAAGGCACAUAAUAUUUAUUGACCUUAUCAUGUCCUGUGGUCAGUACUAAGGUUUUAAAAUGGCUAAAGGACAGUGCACUGCAGAGAAAAAUGCUCCUCCGUAGUUUAUAUAACUUUCUCCCUUUUUUCUUUUAACAUAGUAAGUGCAGUUUUGCUAUUGUUCAGAAUUCAUUAUAGUUUUUAAUAUCAGAUAUUACACUCCUUACUGCUUUCUGUCUCAGUUUAGAAGAAGAUUGGAGAUCAUGUACUGAGUACAGCUUCAGAAAGUAUUUUUUUAAUGUCACAAACACUUCAAGGAAGAAAACGGUAUUGCACAUAAAAGUAGCUGAUGGCAAAGGCCCUGGUGGCUGAUGGCCUGUGAUUUUUAUCAAAGUACUGUUCUUUGCUGGCCUUGUGGCUUAGUCAAAGCAAUAUCUUCAACCCCAGAAUUUUUUUUUUAAUUAUUAUUAUUUUAGAGUAAUGGGAAAGCUAACGCUUUAUAAAGAUGGACUGUGUGAAUUAGGCCAUUGUUUGUCUUAAAUCCCAGUGAUGUCCCUCAGUAACCAAAAUGGAGAUGUCUAUCACAGCACUCACUGCUAUAGUCUGUUUCUAUAAUGUAUUUUUUCUGCCAAUGGCCGAUAUCUGUUCUGAGCAGAAUUCCAAAGCUGAUGUCCCCCCCAUGCUGCUUGGUUAUCUCCCUUGCAUAGUGGAUGCAAAGGGUAGCAUAACC